UUCUUCCAGAGAAGCUGAAGUGUUGCGUACACAGACACACAGAGGCGUGUUGAAGCCACCGCACACUGCUGUUUGUCGUGUAUGUGAUCGGUGGAUCGGGUGAGUGUCGGUACGGUGAACGGGAGAAUAGCAUUUUUGACCUCCUCCGUUCCCCCUUCGUUUAUUUCGGCAGGAGCGGAGGCUUGUGUAUCGUCGUGAUGAACAAAAACGUGACUAGGCACCCGAAGCUCCGUGUUAUGCAACCGCUGACCUACUAACACACAUUCGAGGACGACGAGAGGAGAAAGUGUGUGUGUACGUGUGUGUAAGAGAGGAAAAUUGGAGCAAAGCCUCCGACAAAACAUAAAGCCGAAGAGGGAGGGAGAGAGAUAGACGGUGAAUAGCAGCACAUUCAGGGAGACACAUUAAUCCACACAAAGCCGGUGAGUGGACCACGACCCACGCGGGACAUUUUCAGCCCAGACUGAAGUUGUAAAAGGAAGAACGGGCAGAACCGGGACGAGAAUCCGCAUUUAGAGGCGCAGAGAAACGAUUUAUUGAAGAAUAAAAGAGGAUUCUUCCAUUUAACGAAAGGAAUUUGCUAUUUCACUUCGAUCUGUUCAUCAAAGAUUGCGCUAAAACAUUGAGCUGAGACGGAUCUGCCGAAUGAUCAAUCUUUCGAGGUGCUUGGAAAAAGAAAGUUUAUUCUUCAACCGCAAUCGCAGCCUGCACUGCCACCUCACCCAUCAAGAACAAAGAUCUUUACCAAAUCAACAAAUUAAACUGUCUUAAGUUAAGAAAGAACUAAAAUCAAGCUAAACUAAAAAGAAGACUAUCCUUACUAAACUUGUAACACACCUAUCCAAUGACGGUUGUUUUUGUUGCCUUUCAUCUUUUUCUUAUCUUUUUAACCAGUCUGGACACUUGAAAGGUUUGAAAGACUGGUUAGAGUAGGAGGAAAAAGGCACCAAUCAGAAAUACGUACAGUUCCUCUUUGGAGGAAAAACAGGACCUCGUACAUCAUUGUGCAUACUGACUAUUAAGUGUGUUUUUGAAAUCUGAAUCAGAAACAGACACUCUUCAGUAUUACAACAUAAAUUUUUAAUGUCCACUGAGUGCCAGUUAUACAAACUGGCCUUAAAAGGACUACAAUGGAAAGCCUAAAUCUUCCUACCCAAAACAACAGUUCCAGUUUGGAUACGUUAGAAACGUUCUCAAACUACAGUGAGAGUUUACCAUCACCGCAAAUCACCAGCCCUCCUCGUCAAGGCCGUCUAAUAAAACCAAAACCCAACAUGACCUGUCGGCGAAAGCGGGAGUUCAUCUCAGAUGAAAAGAAAGAUGCAUCGUACUGGGAAAAACGUCGCAAGAAUAACGAGGCUGCCAAAAGGUCAAGGGAGAAGCGCCGGCUCAAUGAUAUGGUGUUGGAGAACAGGGUAAUGGCACUGAAUGAGGAGAAUGUGCGGCUGAAGACAGAACUCCUGCAAUUGAAACUAAGAUUUGGACUGAUAACCUCUGCCUCUUACAGGGAGAAGACACAGCAGAUCAGCAAUGCUAGCGAGGCAGCGACUAAUGGAGCUAAUGGUAGCGGAGCAACUUCCGGAAAUCCAUAUUACUCAAGCAGUGGAUACUCCAGCGCUUCUCAGGUCAUGAUGAACUCUGAUUCCUCAGAGGCUGAGCAGACGACAAGGAGUGAACGCCACACAAUGUUACACAAAUACUCCCCACAUGGCUCACUAUCUGACAUGUCUGAUGGAUCCUCACGGGACAGUCCUGAACCUAUCAACUUUGACAUCAAACACGAGAGCUCUGGAAUGGACAUUAACAGGCUUGAGGCAAGUGUACUUAAUGGCAUGUUCAAUGGCCAUCAAAGUCUUGGACGACUGGAAAAUCACCAAGCGCAAGAAAUGGAACACCAAGAAUCUGUCAAUAACCCAGCCCCUCCUUCCACCACACCCCAAAGAAGUGUCAUUCUCUUUCGUUCCGGAAGUAGCUCAUAUCCUGUUGAGAGCCAAAGGGUUGAGGACAUAGAUCAGCAGGUGGCAUCCCAAACACAACAGAAUGGGCAAAUUACUCAUUUUACUCAGACAGGGUGCAAUCUACCAAUAAGACCGGAUGGUUUAGAGACUCUUUCAGAGGUGGCUCAGCAGCUGGCCAGGAGGUCUUUGGAUUCUCCAAGCUAUGAAUUCAAGGCAGGUGCCGAGGAGAGCAGGCGGUUUGUCAUACAGCAGCAAGACCUGAGCAUUCAAGGACAGUGCAGAAGUCCGGUUCAAGAGGGCACUCCAAAUUCUUUUGCCCCAGAUUUGGUCAACGAGGCUGGAAAAGCCCACAUAUACCAGCGGUCCAAUGCCUACCUCGGCACUCUGAGCGAGGAGCCACCAGUGCUAACAUAUGAAGGUUGUCCAAAAGCAGAUGGCUUCUACCAAGAGCACUCCUCCUCAGGCAAGGACACCUCCUCUAGCGAUGGAGACCCACGCAGCUCUGACAAGGAAGCCUCCACUGAUGAUGAAUCUCCCUCAUCCUCUUCCUCUGAUACUGGUGGAUAUCAUGCCAUCCACCAGUCAGCAUCCUCACCCUGCAUGGUCGCCAGUGAUGCUUACCAGUAUGGAGACAACCAAGGUGAAAUGAAAGGCACUGCUCUGCCACACAAGCUAAGGCUCAAGUAUAGAGCUCUAUCUAACGGUGGCUCCCAAGACGUCCCGGCUACAACAGCUGCUACGUCACCUGAUUCCGCUCUGCCUCAGCACCCAUACCUGGCGCUAGCGCAGGUUAACCAGCAGCAAGGCAGCAGCUCUGGAAGCAAGGAAGGGGAGAGUGAGACAGCAGAUGAACUUUGCACACAACAGUCCCCUUCCAGAGAGAAUGAAGAGGAAUGGAAGGAAACCGGGAAGAGGAGCUCAGGAGGACGAGGUAGCAGAAACAAGAAACGUGAUUGAAACUGGCACAUCACAUGCUUUAAUGGAGUUAAGACAGGACUUGAUAAAUGUCACCUUUACCAUCCAUAGAAAGGAAAAUGAAAAUGGUACCAAUUAAUUGCAUUAAAGUCUAUUGCUUAUAUGUUACAACAACAAGAAAGUAACUUGCGUUCUUGGUCCGUUUUCUUAUCAAGAGUGAUUCUGUGACCUUUUAAUGCAGCUGUGUUCUCUUACUCCCUUUCAUAAGCACUUAACUGUUAAGUUACAAAGAGGAAAUCAAGCUCUUUCAAAUGAUCUUUUUCCUCUUUCGAAAACAAAACUCUGUAUAGCAACCUUUGACUUCACCUUUGACUAUUUACAUAUCUCUACCAUGUUUCGUAGCUAAACUGAUGGGUAGUCUCUGAACAAGUUGAUGGAGUUGAAGGCACAAGUCCUUUUCUCUCUACCGAUUUCAACCGGUUUAAAGCCUGUCUCUCUCCUCUGCCUUUGGACUUUAGCAUUAUUGAAGCACUUGGAUUAUUAUAAUACUGUGACAUGACUAAACAUAUCAUAUUUCAAUAUAUUUUAUGAAAAAAAUGACGUGUCAAUCUUAAAGAGUAGAAAAGUGGGAGAAAGACUACGAACACUGUCUACUUCUUACUGUUUGAAUUCCUGUAUAGUCCUUUCCUAAGGUUCACAUCUUAUGCUUCCAUUAUAUUUUUUUAAUCAUUGUAUUUAUGUUCAAGAGAAUGUUCUCUUCAUAGUGUUUCGGUCAUUCAUAGGUCAAGGUUAACCAGUGGAAAAAAAAGCCUGAUGGAUCACCUCUUCUAAAGGUCACUGUGACCAAUCCUUUUUUUGAAAAAGUACAUCUGACAUUUAGCUCAAUUAGAGUAAAAACCCUUUUAGAAACGUCAAGGCGGUCUCUCCCGAGGCUGAAUUAAUAUGCGGACUGUACAAAGUGUAAGAUAUAUCAUUGCCAUCUCAAGAUGGCCGUGUUCUCUGUGGUCAGGUUUCAGAGAAGCCUCACAUGCUACCUCAUGAGAAGAAACGGUUGAGGUUACGCAGAACUGGAGAGGUUCUCCUUUGGUGUGUGUAGCCCAUUGCAUCAUCAUACCCAUUAACUGUUGCGUAUAAAAAGUUAACACACAGUAAAAUGCUGCAGUACGCGACUAAGUGUUAUCUAGACACAAAUCCAAUCCCACUAGUUGUCUUUGUAGAAUUUACCACAGCUGAAAGCUGCUUCUGCACUGAAUUAUUUUCAUCAGAUUUUAUACAAUCUGUGUUUAUUGUUCCCAAACAGGUGCCUGGCACUGGCCAUUAUGUAAAAAAUGUACAGACAAAUUCUCUCUUUUGAGUAUUUUAAGUUUGUAUCAAGUUUAUUUUGGCAUUCUAUAAUAAUUAUUAUUAUUAAUAUUGUAUUUUAUUUUAUAUUCCAAUGCUAUUAUUCUUUUCGGGUUAAUAUUUCUUGUUGUCUGUUCACCUCAAUGUGAUACAGUAUGUAUUUUCAUGUCCUGUUAAUCUAUUUCACCUCUGUACCCUGGUGUAUUGUGUGGUAUUUACCAAAAAAAAAAGAAGAAAAAAAAGAUGUUUGUUAAAAGAGGUGGUCGUACCUGUCGAGGUGCUCAGAAUGACACUAAAGGUGUGGAAAGAAUAAUAAAACAUUGUAUGUUGAAUUUAA